AUGAGUGUUGUGAGCCAACAACUCCAGGCCGCAGAGGAUCGCUGGGGUCGUGAGCGAGAGGCCAUGGAAAAGCUCCUGGAGAAGCUUUCAAAAUCCGCUGCAGAAAGCGGGUUUGAUGGACAUGUAAGCCAGAGUAGUCUGAGUGAGCUGUGUGCUCUUCAAGCCUUUGAGCAAGUGGCUGAGAUCCUUCUCUAUGCUGCGCAGGCGUUGCUGUCCAUAUUUGGACUUCUGGACUCUUCAGAACCCCAGGUCCUUGCUGAGCUCCAAGAGGAAAUUACAGUGAUGAGCGCCUCUACCCAAGCAUUUGAGGACUCCGCGAACAAGAGGCCCCACCGUCCAAGCUACUGCUCUCAGAAGUACACCUCAGAGCAACUUGCCCUGGUAUAUCUGGUGCUCCUUGAUUUACAGCCAUGCAUUCUUCACAUGUCUAUUACCAAGAUCUUUGAGACUGGAAAUAUGAGCUUGCAGCAAGACAGGGAUCCGUCCACAGGAAGCACCAUCCGAACCUUGAGAAGCUACAUGCGCGUGUUUCUCUCCUUUUGCCGAAUACACCUUGCCGUCUCUUACUCCUUGUACAACACGCAACACAACCUUUAUCCGGAUGAUUGGCUUAUUCAGAAGGAGCAUCACGUGACUCACGAUGACUUGAACCCCCUUUCAAUCCACCUUCUUGUGCUGGCCCAGCUGGAUCUAGUUUUGAAGGCUAUCAUACCAUUUGUGGAGGCUUUUGAGGUUGUCUUCAGCCUCUGCAAAGAUACCACCGUGUCGGACUCUUCGGGAUUACAGGAGGGAGAUCUACCAAUUUUGCACAAGUUGUCUUUCUUGUAUGGAUCGUCAUUUCUACGAACGCUUUUAUACUAUUUUCACUACAUUCGUGCAAGACUUUAUACAGAUUCAUUUGCCCUUGAUAGGGACGGAAAGCGCAAGCAAAUCUCCUGGAUGUUCGUUGAGCUAAAUGUAAUAGCAAGCAAUCUGGCGCAAAGUGGGCUGGAGGUGGCCAAGACAGAUAUGGAUGUCAUUUUGACUCAUGCGGACCAUUGCUUUAGCGAACUGGCCCGCACCUUUCUUCAUCAAAGUCUUACAAUCCGAACCUUCCUCCAUAGCUUUACCACAUCCCAACUCACUAUUGACCACAUUCCAUGCAGCUCACAGAGCUCGUUAUUCUUCUUCUUCGGCUCCUUGGUGAAGUUCUAUAAAUGCAUCUACCUUGCAACUGGUGAGCUCAAUCACGGUACUACCCUGUCAUCUCAACCUUUCAUUAGCGAUCUAGCGGUUACCACAUGCUACACUGCCUUGCAUAGUACGGUUUCUACCCACCUACUAACGAGUUAUCUGUUCGUCAUCACAGGCUUCAUAGAGGCAUUUGGUAUCAUCACAUGCUUGUCUAUAGAGUCAUCUGUCUUCGAUGAAUCCACUUUUGAAAACCUCUGCACCUUAGCUGCGCAAGCGAACAUCUGCUUGCGCGAACGCGUGUCUAGCAAUUUCCAGUGCACCUACUCGUCAUCUAUCAGCCCCAUCUUUGAUCACUAUCGCGUCAAUGAGACUAUCCUUAGGCCGCUUUUUGCUGACGACAGCGUAGAGUUGUCGACAGUACGCGCUUGUGAUCUCAUGUUUGACGGAAUAAAAGAUAUGAUGACCCUGUUUUCCGAGUUAUGCGACCCAAGCCUUAUUCGGAUUCAGACGGCAGGGAGCAUACUGGUCUCUGCUUGGGUUUUAGCUGGAGAGCUUCCGCCAGCACACGCCAUGUGUCUAUUGACGUCAGUUGACCCUGUAGUCGUGCACACCACCGAUGCCACUUCGGCCCUUUAUAAACCUGUUAGCACUAAUAUAAAUGGGGCACCAAGUGUCUUCAUAGCCAAAAUGCACUAUUCCUUGUUAGCAGAACCAGCAAAGGCAUUUUACAAACAACAUGUGAUGAGACUAUUUUCCAUCAAAACAACGCAGGAUACCCAUGGGACUACUUCUGUUCCGCUCUACUACGAGUCCAACACUAUUAUAAGCCAGGACUGCGAGCACUCCUUCCUCGUGCAGCACACUUUACUUCAGGCAGAGGCUAUUCUGGUAGUUCUCAAGAGCUUCACGAAAAACAGAGACAUUUACAGAUUUCAUUCAGUGAAGUGGAUAGGUUUUUCGGACUUAAUUAUGAUGCUCAUGGGAAGCGCCUACAUUGACGGCCUGAGCAAGUUGAGUACAGUGGAUAAACUGUCAGAUAAUGUAUUCCUCAAGGUGACAUCCUAUGAUACAACUCCGUUGCAGAGCGAAAGCUAUGUUGGUUUAGAUCUUAAGAGGACAACUACUCCAUCCGUUAACAACUCCCUUAUACCUAGCUAUGCAUCCGACCUGCAGCGCAGCAGUGGGAUGCCUCUCUUUUCUUCGUGGAUUGAACAAAUUAACACAAUCGAAUCAUAUUUCCGCCUCCUUAACAUGAUGUCAACUUCCUCAACUCUAAGAGAAACGUUUUUCAACUAUAUCGUUCUCAAUUUGAAGAUAUACUUACACACUUUAGAUACCUUUUGUAGCACUUUUGAACGCAUGUAUUCGGCAUUUUCAGGGGGGCUUUAUACAGACUCUUCGUCAUCCUUCAGUUUGCCAGGCACGCUUAAAGAAGAGGGCGAGCGACUCCAUAAAGAUGCUAGGAAAUUUGGUCCACUGGUCGGGCGCAAGUAUAUCGAGUAUAUUCAUGCACUUGUGAAUACAGCGAAGUCCAUUAAACAGGUCUCGACACGCUACAUAGAUGUAAUGGACGCUGAAGAAUCCGUAAAGCUCCGCAUGCUUGAGCGCCAAGUCAAAACAGUAUCGAAAUCAUGUACGCGUUGCGCAAGCCUCUGCAUAUUCCUGCACAGCAUAAAUUCAAUACUUGCCGUCAUACUUGAUUCCGAGACCCUCAAAAGGUACUACUCUACCAGCUCGUUCAAGCUUGCUGGGACUCUGCCCUUUCCUGCAAACAUCUUGUACGUGAUUCAGGAUUUUGAUGGGGAGCUGGAGCGUCAAGAGAUUGCAAUUGGGUUUGUGAGCUAUCUUGAUUCCUGGUUGCUACGCUAUGGUGUCCUCACUCAGCUACGCAGGACACGAGAUUUGCAACUUGUGGAUCGAAUGAUGCAGCGAAUGCGCAGCCUUUUGGAUGAAUUUAGAUACGUAAAUGCCAGCAUGCUUCAGGCGUGCAAUGCGGCUAUAGACAUCUGUGGAAAAAUACUCUCAAGUGAGAAAAGGUACGAUGGCAAGAACCCGGCCGAUUACUGCAAACAAAUGUGGGGAAUAGAUGCCUCGUGCAUUCCAGGGCCGCUAAUAACUGAGUUGUUUCUUUCUGUCUACCAAUGUAUGGAUGACAAAUCUAAGCUGUGA